UAUAGGUGAAAAGGAUUUUCAAAUCAUAGUAUUCUGUUUUUAUUUAAAUUUUACACAACGUCCCAACAUCAUUGGAGUUGGGGUUUGUACUACAAUCCAUUGUUGGCUUUGGAGACUGUCGCGAACACUGACAUCAUUGACAUGAAGUGAGACAGGAACAGGAACAGGAACAAUGUAAAUAGACCACCUCAGCAAAAAACACUUCUCUAAGAAAACUAAACUUAGAGGAAAAACAAACAAACCAUGUUAUGAGACCACUGUCAUUUAAUGGUGGUCAUGGUUAACCCCAUUAACAAAUACCACCAUGACCAUGGUGCUGUUAAAUACCACAAAAAGACACCUACAAAAUAGUGUGGAUGUUAUAUUGACUUGUAAUAAUAAUAAUAAUCAUAAUAAUCAUAAUAAUCCAUACCACUUAUGUAGCGCUUUUCAAGGCACUCAAAAACGCUUUAACUAUAAAUUACACAUAUUAUUCAUUCACUCCACAGUCAUACUCGAGAGGUGGUAAGCUACUUGUGAAGCCACUGCUGCCCUGAGGCAGUUUGCCAGUCUGCCUCUGACCACCACCAAACAUCCAACCACAUUCAUUCAUAGGCAAUGUGCGUUAAGCGUCUUGCCCAGGGACAUGAGGACGACACGCGCUCGGGUGGGGAUAUGAACCUGCGACCCUCCAGUUGCAGGGUACAUUCUUACAAGUAGAUUUGGGGGAAAAAAAAUAAAAAACAAAACAAAACAUAAUAUACUGUAAAUCAAAUAUAAUCUGAAAAUACUAAAUAAAACUAAUUGAUAUUAAAAUGUGCUUCAAUAUAAAGCUAUAGCUAUGAAUAAAUAAAAUUAAUGAAUAAAACAAUCAAUUAUGCAAACUGUUGUCACUAGUUUUUAAGCAUGUGACCAUAAACAAAUAAAAGUAACAAUACAAAUAAUUGAGUGCAAAAGUGAAAAAAAUAACACCUACAUAAAAUAUAAAAUAUAGGUGGCACGGUGAAUGACUAGCUAGCAAGCACAUCUGCCUCACAGUUCUGAGGAUCCUGGUUCAAAUCCGGCGUCGCGUGUGUGGAGUUUGCAUGUUCUCCCCGUGCCUGUGUGGGUUUUCUCCGGGUACUCCGGUUUCCUCCCACAUCCCAAAAACAUACAUGGUUGGUUAAUUGGAAACGAAACUGCCCAUAGGUGUGAAUGUGAGUGCAAAUAGUUGUUUGUUUAGACAGUAUGUGCCCUCCGAUUGGCUGGCGACCAGUUCAGGGUGUAACCUGCCUCUCGCCCAGUGUUAGCUGAUAAAGUGCAAUAUAAAAUCCUUACAAUAAAAAGAAAAAUCAAAAAAUGAAAUAAUAAAAAGUAAAACAAAUUAUUAGGUAGAUUGGAAAAUAGGAAGAAAGAAAUCAAACCACACUAAAUUAAAUAAAUUGAUCACUAAAAUAUUUCUCACUUGUGUUGUAGUGGAUCAAAAUAAAAAUAAAAAACAUUCCAAAAAAUAAAACCAAUACGUUAUUAUGUAAAUCGCUAUCUCUUGUUUUCAGCACACUAAUAUUAAGAUAAUAAUAAAAUCUGAAAACACAAAAUAUGUAAUUAUUCAAGUAAUUUUUUAAAAUGUUCCUAUACUUAAAGGUCCCGUAUUUUACCAGACAAACCUUUUCUAUUGUUUGGGAUGUUAUAUUGGCUCUAUGAUGCCUCAGUAAACGUGACAUAUAAAUUAAAAUCGUCCACGCAUUCCUGACUUCCAGACGUUUUUUCUGAAAUCAGGUCAUUCAAAUUUCUCCAGCUUAUCGACGUCACUAGCGAAAAUCUCUGACUUCCCUUUCCGCUCGCGAGCUAGCGCUGUCAACAUAAACAAGUGUGCUCUCACAAGUGGGUCUUCUACAUGGAGGCAACCAAUCAGAGGAAAAGGGGCGGUCUUAGCCAAAUAUGGACAAAGCAGAUGCAAAAUUGUGUCAAACAGAAGUAGUUGUCAGAGGGGCCCUUUCUGGACACUAGUUUUUCUGGACAAAACCAAGGUGUUUUUUUCAAAUGAAAUUGACACUUUUAUACUAAGCCCAUGUUAGGAAGUCACUAUGGAGGUCUAAAUAGCCCAAAAUUGGGACCUUUAACCACAAUGAUAAUGUUCUAACUGUUCUUUUUGUUACAGUGGCUUACAAUAAGGUUAAAUAUACUUUUUAUUAUGGUUUUGAUGAACACUUGGGCCCACUAUGCGACUGUAUUUUAAUAUUGGUCAUUAUAGUGGUACUUGGAGAGUUAAGUAUUAUUUGAGGUUUGGAGAACCACUGGCAUAAUGAACAUAUUUAGCCCAUGUUGCAUGCCCCCUGCAUCUGCCCCCAUGAAAGAAAACGUGGACCUCAGCAGCUUCCAUUGACCCGCGCAGUAGUGCAAGCCUUUGCACAUCCAAGCAUUUCCAGAAGAACCCACCCAUCCCAACCCACCCCCAUCCCCACCAAACACCAGCAGCAGCAUCCCAAAACACACCCUGCCCGCCAUUAAAGGAUUUUGCCUCCAUCGACAGAAAAGCGGAAGGGAUAACUUUUUGGACUUAGGGCUCGGGGGUCCUCUUUUGACGUUGCGCUCGUUCCCGGCUUCAACGCUUGGUCACUUUCGCUGCCUGAGGAAUUAAGGGGCCCGAAGAAGCUGUCCGAGGCUCUCGCUCACAAUGUACAGCUUCAUGGGAGGGGGGCUGUUCUGUGCCAUCGUGGGGAACAUCUUGCUGGUGGUCUCCACAGCCACCGACUAUUGGAUGCAAUACCACCUGUCAGGUAGCUUCGCCCACCAGGGCCUGUGGCGCUACUGCAUGUCAGGAAAGUGCCACAUGCAGACCGACAGCAUCGCCUACUGGAACGCCACGCGUGCUUUCAUGAUCCUCUCGGCCAUGUCCUGCUUCGCUGGCAUUAUCGCGGGGAUCCUGUCCUUUGCCCACUUCUCGGCCUUUGAGAGGUUCAAUCGCUCCUUCGCCGCCGGCAUCAUGUUCUUUGUUUCAACGCUGUUCGUGCUGCUGGCGAUGGCCAUCUACACGGGGGUGACGGUCAACUUCCUGGGCAAGCGCUUCGGGGACUGGCGCUUCUCAUGGUCAUACAUCUUGGGAUGGGUAGCUCUGCUCAUGACCUUCUUUGCAGGAUGCACGAGUGCAGAAGAGUGGCUGGCCCACGUUGAACGCGAGACACAAACAGGUCGUCAAGGACACCAAAGACGAUGAAAACCGCUUCCUCUUGGAAAAUACAUGAGAACUUAAAAAAAACACUAUAAA